AUGGAACUCCCUCCCUUCAUCAGCCAUCUCAAAGCACAACCUACAUGGGUCCUUCUACUCUCAUCUCUAGGGUUCCUUUCUCUCCUCCAAACUUCCAUAACCCUUCUCAAAUGGUUCUACGCCGCCUUCCUCAGGCGAGGGAAGGACCUCAAAGCCUAUGGCUCAUGGGCACUCGUCACCGGAGCCACCGACGGCAUCGGAAAGGCCUUUGCCUUCCAACUGGCCCACCUAGGACUCAACCUGGUCUUAAUCGGUAGAAAUCCAAACAAGCUUCGACAAGUCUCCAAUGAGAUAAAAGCCAAGCAUCCCUGCACCGAGAUCAAACUCGUCGUCAUAGAUUUGGCCGGCGAUUUAUCAGACGGUAUUCGAAGUCUCGAAGAGGAUAUCAAAGGGUUGGACGUAGGGAUCAUGGUGAACAACGCUGGGAUGACGUACCCGCGGUUCAUGUACUUCGAUGAGGUGGAGGAGGAGCUGUGGGAAGGUAUCGUGAAGGUGAACGUGGAGGCGACGACGAGGGUCACACGUGCGGUGCUUCCGGGGAUGAUAAAGAGGGGGAGAGGAGCCGUUGUUAGUAUUGGCUCCGGGAGUUCCGUGGUGGUGCCUUCGUUUCCUCUCUCUGCUGUGUAUGCUGCUUCCAAAGCGUAUGUUAAUCAGUUCUCUAAAAGCCUAUAUGUUGAGUAUAAGAGCAUGGGGAUCGACGUGCAGUGUCAGAUCCCCUUAUAUGUGGCAACAAAAAUGGUUGGUAUCAAGCAAUCUUCUGUGUUCGUACCGUCACCAGAUGUCUAUGCUUCUGCUGCCAUGCGUUGGAUAGGCUAUGAGCCACUGUGCACUCCUUAUUGGCUUCAUUACAUUCAGUGGUGCUUGGCUUAUCUAUUUCCAGACUUCAUCCUCAAUUCAUGGCUUCUACAUGUGGGAAAUAGAAAGAAAAGCCAAAUUAAAAAAUUGAGAAGGGAAUGAAAUGUCUCUUGAUGUUUUCUUUAAUAAAAAUUGUAUACCAUGAGUAAUACUGGUAAUGGUUUGGUUUUCCAGAAAGUAUGAAGCAUAAAGACAUGUAUUUAUUAAAUAUUUAGAAUGACACCAAACAAGUAAUUAAUUCUG